AUGGACGGCCCAGAUCAGAUCGGUCCUGACCACACCCCGAAGCGAUCGCUUUCGGACAAAGUGCGAAAUGUCGUCAAGGCAUUUACAACUCGGCAUGGCUUGCUCGGCGACUACGACUAUGGCUACCUCUUUAUCCCCCGUCUCCCAUUCACCAAACGAGCCCGCAAGACCGCGCCUUUCUUCGGCCUCGACGACCGCGUCCCAGUGGUCCUGGCUCUGAUCCUCGGUUUACAACAUGCACUCGCUAUGUUAGCAGGUGUCAUCUCGCCACCCAUCCUCCUAGGCGGCUCCGCGGGCGCCAACUUUGGCGAUGAACUAUAUCAAUAUCUCGUUUCGACUUCAUUGAUCGUUUCCGGUCUGCUGAGCGCCAUUCAAAUGUUCAGAUUCCACAUCAAAGGCACCAAAUACUACAUCGGGACCGGUCUGCUUUCCGUCGUCGGAACUUCUUUCUCGACCAUCACGGUUGCGCAGGGCGCAUUUACACAAAUGUACAAAUCGGGCUAUUGUCCGACUCUCGAGGACGGCACGAAGCUGCCCUGUCCAAAAGGAUACGGUGCGCUACUCGGUACUUCGUGCCUUUGCGCACUGCUGGAAAUUGGUAUGAGUUUCAUGAGCUCGCGCAUUUUGGCAAAGGUCUUCCCGCCACUCGUUACCGGUCCGACUGUUUUGUUGAUCGGGGCUUCGCUCGUCAAGUCCGCCAUGCAGGAUUGGGCGGGCGGCUCGGGCUGCGGGUCUGAUCCAUCCGCUAGAGCUAUGUGCCCCAGUGCGGAUGCCCCGCAUGCUCUGCCUUGGGGAAGUCCCGAGUUCAUUGGUCUUGGAUUCUUGGUCUUUGUCACCAUCAUCCUGUGUGAGCGGUGGGGACCUCCGAUUUUGAAGAGUUGCUCUGUCAUCGUUGGUUUGCUUGUUGGCUCUAUCGUCGCCGCUGCAUGCAAUUACUUCGAGUCCUCUGGUAUCGCGGCUGCACCGGUUGCGUCUUUUGCUUGGGUGCAUACUUUUCCCUUGUCCGUAUACCCGCCACUGAUUCUUCCGCUUCUCGCACUGUACAUUGUCAUCAUGAUGGAGUCGAUUGGCGAUAUCACGGCGACUUGUGAUGUUUCCCGUAUCCAGGUCGAAGGCGCGACCUUCGACUCUCGCAUUCAGGGUGGUGUGCUCGGCAAUGGACUGACGUGUCUGUUGGCUGGAUUGAUGACAAUCAGUCCGAUGUCCGUCUUUGCGCAGAACAACGGUGUCAUCGCGUUGACGAAGUGCGCAAAUCGUACUGCUGGCUACUGCUGCUGUUUGUUCCUUGUUGUCAUGGGUAUCUUCUCCAAGUUCGCUGCUGCCCUCGUUGCGAUUCCCAGCCCUGUCUUGGGAGGCAUGACUGCUUUCUUGUUCAGCUCUGUGGCGGUUAGCGGUCUGCGCAUUAUCGGUGUUGUUGAGUUCACGCGUCGCAACCGCUUCAUCCUCACUGCCAGCUUCUCGAUCGGUAUGGGUGUGACCCUUGUUCCAGAGUGGUUUGGGUAUUUCUUCACCUAUGAGGGUGAUAAUCAUGCGCUGGAGGGGUUGAUCAACGCUGUCAACCUGGUCAUGGAGAAUGGGUUUGCAAUCUGUGCACUUCUGGGUAUCUUCCUCAACUUGUUCAUUCCUGAUGAGCCUGAUGAUGUGCCUGCUGCAAUUGACUCUGCGGAGUCGGAAGAUGACCGGAUUCAAGUCCAAGUUGCUUCUGAGCCGGCUGGAAAGAAGGAGGGCAGCUCUGCUUGA